GUUUUUCUUUUGGGGGGGAAUUAAACACGGUUUUCAAAACAGGCUUAGAAGGCAGUUAGCAGAAGGAAGGUUUCGCUCUUGGCGUUGUGGGCAGUGUUGUUACUUCCCUGGUUUUCUCACAGACGGCUCUUGCGAGGGAGGGGGUGGCUGGGAGCCGAUGUUGUGUUGUGAAGAUGUCUGAAAGAGUUGCUUUUGGAAGCAGAGUUAGGUGGCGCCCUUUUAAUAAUGUAUUGUUUAACUUUAUCCCCGGACGUUAUAGGCACAUGCAUUGUGUUCAAACCCUUGGGUGCCGGCAUGCAAUAUCGUGAAGAAGAAUAGACCCGCCUGGGGUCAUUUUAAGGAGAAAGGCAGGUCCUUGCAUCUGAAGAAAUCCCGAAAAGGUCUCCCAGGCUAUCAUGGCCAGCACCCAGACUGCAAAAGAAGAAAGGAUUAAGUACAUGCAGGGAGAUCUUUUUACUUGUCCUGGAACAGAUUCCUUGGCUCACUGUAUCAGUGAGGACUGUCACAUGAGUGCUGGCAUAGCUGCAGUUUUUAAGAAGAAGUUUGGUGGUGUUCAGGAGCUCUUAAACCAACAAAAGAAGACUGGAGAUGUGGCUAUUUUGAAGAGGGAUGAUCGAUAUGUGUACUAUCUGAUUACAAAGAGCAAAUACUUUUAUAAACCUACAUAUGACAAUUUACGGAAGAGUUUAGAAGCUAUGAAAAUUCAUUCUUUGAAGAAUGCUGUAACUCGCAUUUCUAUGCCUAAGAUUGGGUGUGGGCUUGACCGCCUGGAUUGGAAUAAAGUUUCAACAAUGCUUGAAGAAGUAUUUGAAGAUACAGAUGUUUACAUUACAGUUUAUACACUUUAAUUCUUAGGUUUUAUUUUCCUGUUCAUUACAUUGUAUACCUGUAAUUGUUUUGACAGUGGAAUACACAAUUGAAUUUUCCUUUCAUCUUCCAGACAGUUCUUACUGUGUGCAGUCAUAGACUAUUUUGCAGAAAAUUAUGGCUUACAUCUUUAGGACUAUUCUGUCUGUCGAGCUAACAUGUCUGUCCUUCUUUUGAUUGAAUCAGUUAGAUUGAUAAACAAAUAUUUGCAUUGCUGUUGGUUAUAGCUGGAUGUUCUGUAUGAUCUUGUUUUUCCAAUUAAAUGUCAAAAUUAUGGUGUUCCGUUGCUCAACUAGUGAAGAUAUAUAUGUGGACAGUUAAAAGAAAUGGCAUUUUCCUUUUUAUUUUUAUGUAAAUAAAAUGCAUUUUCUAAACAUGUGACUUGCAUAUUUAUUUUAAAUAGUACAGUGAUUGUUGCAUACAUGUAGAGGUUUAAAUCCUGAUGUUUGGCAUAAGAAAAUGUUCAACUUUUAGUUUGUUCCUAAUCAGCAAAUAAAAAGUCCCCACUGUGAUCUUUGGGUGGGUGGGGGAGUAUACAUGCAUGUAUCACUCCAGUAUGCACACUAGUCCCCAAAAUUUGCUGCAGGGACUGAAGGUUUCAAAUUUUCUUACACUAAGUAAGCAACAAGAGUUCAGCCAAAGUCCUAUAUAUUCACCUUAUUUCAUUGAUCAAAUCAAUGGAGAAUCCUGUGUAAAAGCUCAGUGUGUAUUUUGGCAUGUGUAUGGAAUUCUGGAUCAGUUCCGUUAGGCCAUUUCCCCCCUGCAGAUCAUAUGUUGCAUAAUUUUACACCUUUCAGGAAAGGAGUGGAUCAAGUGUAACCCUCCACAUGUUGGUCUGCAGCUCCCAGCAUUCUUCACUUGAUGGCUAUGCUGUCCAAGGCUGACGGGAGCUGCAGCCAACAAUAUUUGAAAAGCUAUGUGUACACUAUAUAGAAUGUGAAUUCUGACUUUUGGUUUUUCAGAAUGAUUAAUAUGAGCAGUGGGCAAUUUGUAUGCAUCUACUAUGACAUAAGUAAGUAAUCUGCAAAAUUUCAGGACAGGUACAGUUGUUAAGAGACUUAAAAUAAAUGAAGUUUAGUUUGA